UGUGUGGGCGGGGCCACUCUCGGGCUGUCGGUUGUUUCUGUAAUGGCGGAACGCGGAGACUCCGAGGCGGAGAGAUACAAUAGCGAAAUCAGAAUGGCGCAGCAGCAGCAAGCUCUGCGGUUUCGUGGUCCAACCCCUCCACCUACUGCUGUAAUGAGAGGUCCUCCACCCCUUUUGCGUCCACCUCCUCCUUUUGGAAUGAUGCGGGGACCACCUCCUCCUCCACGUCCUCCUUUUGGUCGACCUCCUUUCGACCCUAAUAUGCCACCAAUACCACCACCAAGUGGCAUCCCACCUCCUAUAGCACCUCCUCAUCUCCAGAGACCUCCAUUCAUGCCACCUCACAUGGGAAGCAUGCCACCUCCUGGAAUGAUGUUUCCACCAGGGAUGCCCCCAGUAUCAUCACCUGGCAACACACAGAAUCCUCCCCAAAACCCUGCUCCCACACAGGCCCCAACAUUGAAACCAAACGAGGAGAUCUGGGUAGAGAAUAAAACUCCUGAUGGAAAGAUUUAUUAUUACAAUGCUCGCACCCGUGAGUCAGCAUGGUCCAAACCAGAUGGAGUGAAGGUCAUACAGCAGUCGGAAUUGACUCCACUGAUGGCAGCCCAGGCCCAAGCUCAAGUUCAAGCAGCUCAAGCUCAAGCUGCACAAGCCCAGGCUCAAGUUCAAGCUGCACAAGCUCAAGCGCAGGCCCAAGUAGCCCAGGCUCAAGUUCAGGCUGCCCAGGCUCAAGCUCAUGUCCAAGCGCAGGCACAAGCUCAGGCACAAGCUCAAGUUCAUGUGCAAGCUCAAGCACAUGUCCAGGUUCAAACACAGGCUCAAGCCAAUGCCCAGGCACAAGCUCAAACCCAGGCUGCUCAUGGACAGGCUGUCACUGGUACCUCUCCUAUAACAAGCAGUCCUGCAUUGAUGGUAUCUACGUCAACAUCUUCAGCCAGCCAGUCUUCUUCGACUAAUACUAGUACAUCGAACUCCAUCUCACAGGUGGUCUCUAGUCCAUCUCCUUCAGAGCAAACCCAAAGUGUGUCUAUUUCAGCAACAACAACAACUGUCAGUGUUGCAACAUCUGUGCCAGUAGUCUCUUCAGUACAAACAUUGUCUCAGCAGUUGUCUCAAACUUUACAUGCCACAGUUCCUCAUGCCGUGCCUCAGCCAACAGCAACGAUAUCUGCCUUUCCUCCGGUCAUGGUACCCCCUUUUCGUGUCCCCCUUCCUGGCAUGCCCAUACCUCUGCCAGGUGUAGCAAUGAUGCAAAUAGUCAGCUGCCCGUAUGUAAAGACAGUCACCACCACCAAAACCGGUGUCUUGCCUGGCAUUGCUCCUCCGCUUGUACCAAUGAUUCAUCCCCAAGUUGCUCUAGCUGCCUCUCCUGCAACCUUAGCAGGAGCAACGAUAGUGUCUGAAUGGUCGGAGUAUAAAACAGCGGAUGGCAAGACAUAUUAUUACAAUAACAGAACCUUGGAAUCUACAUGGGACAAGCCUCAGGAACUAAAAGAAAAGGUAGAAAAAGAAGUUGAAAAGGUAAAGGAACUAACUAAGCCAGAACCAGUUGUUGAGGAACCCCAGCCCAUGGAAUCAGAAGAAGAGGUGCCAAAGGACGAACCUCCCAAGGAGAUAAAGGAGGAACCAAAAGAAGAGGAGAUGACGGAGGAAGAAAAGGCUGCUCAAAAAGCCCGGCCUGUAGCUACGACCCCCAUUCCUGGCACUCCAUGGUGUGUUGUAUGGACUGGCGAUGAGCGUGUGUUUUUCUACAAUCCUACUACACGUCUAUCAAUGUGGGAUAGACCAGAAGACCUGAUUGGUAGGGCUGAUGUGGACAAGAUCAUCCAGGAACCUCCACAUAAAAGAGGACUGGAAGAUGGCAAGAAAUAUUUCAAAGAAGAUCCUGAAUCUCCAGAAGACCCCAACGAUGAUGAGCCAGUAAAAGCAAAAAAGAGAAAGAAAGAUGACCCAGAAUCUGAAAAAGAGACCGCUAUGGAAGCUGAAAUUAAAGCUGCUCGUGAACGAGCCAUUGUUCCUUUGGAUUCUCGCAUGAAACAGUUUAGAGAUAUGUUGCUGGAGAGAGGGGUUUCAGCUUUUUCAACUUGGGAAAAAGAACUGCACAAGACGGUUUUUGACCCACGUUAUUUACUUCUAAAUCCAAAGGAAAGGAAACAGGUAUUUGAUCAGUAUGUGAAAACAAGGGCAGAAGAGGAACGGAGGGAAAAGAAAAACAAGAUUAUGCAAGCGAAGGAGGACUUCAGAAAAAUGAUGGAGGAAGGGAAGAUUAACCCAAGAAAUACUUUUAGUGAGUUUGCAGCCAAACAUGCCAAAGAUGCACGGUUCAAAGCCAUUGAAAAAAUGAAAGAUCGGGAAAUCUUGUUUAAUGAAUAUAUGGUUGCUGCAAGGAAGAAAGAAAAAGAGGAUUCAAAGAACAAAGGUGACAAGGUCAGAAUGGAUUUUUUUGACUUGUUAUCAAACCAUCAUUUGGAUGGACAGUCUCGUUGGAGCAAACUAAAAGAUAAAAUAGAAAAUGAUUCCCGUUACAAAGCAGUAGAAAGCUCAUCGGCAAGGGAAGAGCUAUUUAAACAAUAUAUUGAGAAGAUAGUAAAGAAUUUAGAUUCAGAAAAAGAGAAGGAGUUGGAAAGGCAAGCUCGGAUCGAAGCAAGUUUACGUGAACGAGAACGGGAGGUGCAAAAAGCUCGAUCAGAGCAAACAAAGGAGAUUGACAGAGAGCGAGAGCAGCACAAGAGAGAAGAAGCCAUUCAGAAUUUCAAAGCUCUUCUUUCCGACAUGGUCCGAUCGUCAGAUGUUUCAUGGUCUGAUACAAGAAGAACAUUGAGGAAAGAUCACCGAUGGGAGUCUGGCUCUUUACUAGAAAGGGAGGAGAAGGAAAAACUGUUCAAUGAACACAUAGAUGCCCUUACUAAAAAGAAACGUGAACAUUUUAGACAAUUACUGGAUGAAACCUAUGCGAUAACCUUAACAUCUACAUGGAAAGAGGUAAAGAAGAUAAUAAAAGAAGAUCCUCGUUACAUUAAGUUUUCUUCCAGUGACCGGAAAAGACAGAGAGAAUUUGAAGAAUAUAUCCGAGAUAAGCAUAUUACUGCCAAAGCGGAUUUCAGGACGUUAUUGAAGGAAACAAAAUUUAUCACAUACAGAUCUAAAAAGUUGGUCCAGGAGUCCGAUCAGCAUUUAAAGGAUGUUGAGAAGAUUUUGCAAAAUGACAAACGAUAUCUAGUACUUGACUGCAUUCCUGAAGAGAGACGUAAACUUAUUGUAUCCUAUGUAGAUGACCUUGACCGACGUGGCCCUCCUCCACCACCAACAGCUUCAGAGCCAGCAAGGAGAUCCACAAAGUGAUCACACAAUUCUUUGAACAGACUGGUAUUUGUCCACUCGUACUAACUGCAUGAGCCACCUGCCAUGUUUAUAUCGGUUGAUUCUACUGAAACCAACUACAAAAUCUGUGAGAAAAAUAGUUAAAAAAAAAAAAAAAAAAAAAAAAGAAAGUCAAAUACAUAAACUCAAGGAGCAAAAAUGAGCAACAGCAGCCUCGGCAUAUAUGAACAGGAAAUGGUUAUCUUUACAACAUUAUGGAGUUGUAACCUAGUGUUUGUGUAUCACAGCUGUCAUAUUUGCUUGAUUCGCUUGUUUUUUUAUCUCUCCCGACAUUUAUCAAGUAAGGUCUUAUCUAUGCCGAUCCUCAUGUACGGUAUGUCUGUACCACAAUUACGUUCCAUUCAAAUACUUUUUAAAUGUCCAUUUAGAAAAGACUUAUCAACAUGUAUUAUUUAAGCAAUGAAAAAUAGGUGUUCAUGAGAGUAUUUGACAGACAUAUCCUCCUGAAGGAGCAGGCACUGUGUUCCUGUAUAUUGACCUGCUUGAGCUCCAAAGAUUGAGCCUUUAGAUCAGGUGUAGAUUAUUCUCAAGCCCACUUUAAGAAUAUUAUAUGAGUACUAGAUCACCCUUUCUCCAGGAAAUGUUUCCGAUUAGUUAAGACCGUAGUGAGAGGCCUUCAUCCUUUGCUUCCAGUCCUAACUGGUAGCAAGUUUCUUGUAUGAACGAUUUGUUUCAUUAUUUUUUUUUUUUUUUAUGUUUCAUUUUUCUUUUAUUUUUUUUUAUUUGUUUUUAUUUUUUAAAGCCAUAAAGUGGUCUUCGUUAUUUUUGGAAUAGAGGGGAGAGUUACUCAUGAGGGUAGGUCUUGUUAAAUUGUUUGCUCCACUUUGAAUGAUCUUGUGUUUCUAAGGUUUUAAUUUUAAAAUGUUGGAUUUGUUCAGUUUAUGUAUUUGAACACAAUAAACCCUUUUUAUAUA